AUGGGUAGACGGAAGAUUGAAAUUCAACCUCUAACAGAUGAAAGAAAUAGAACUGUAACUUUCAUUAAACGUAAAGCUGGUCUUUUGAAAAAAGCUCACGAAUUAGCUGUAUUAUGUCAAGUCGAUGUAACACUGCUUAUUGUGGGUCCAAAUAAUACAUUAUAUGAAUUCUCUUCCGUAGAGACGAAUGACUUAAUCGAUCAUUAUCUUAAUGAUAAGACAAUGAUCCGUGAAAUUAAAGGCCCAGAAAAUUUUGGGAAUUAUAAAAAGAAUAAACAUGUAUUUCAGGAAAAUUUGGUUCCAGGCAGCAAUGGUUUAGUCGAAGAACACAUGUCUAAGAAGAGAAGAUUAUCACUAAAUAACAAUACUUCUGCUGCAUAUUUGAGUCAAAAUGAUAGCGAUGAUAGUGAUAGUAAUGAUAAUAUUAGUUCGAAUACGAUAUCAAAUAAUUCCAUUAAUCAUACGAGAAAUAGUUCCAUAGGAAGAGGGAAGAGCAAUCCAAGAGCAUCGAAUCAACCAACCACAAGGUCAAACGAUACAAGUUAUCUGUCUACAUCGUUUCAAGAAUCAAGUGAUAGAGAUACUAAACGUCAUUUACAAAAUCAAGUUAAAGGGUACGGUACCUUAUCAACAACUGUGGGACAUCAAAUGAUACGACAAACUGGUAAUGAUCAUCAACAUCUAUUAAACAACAGCACUUCAUCAGUGGCGAAAUUAAGCAACGAUCCCUUGAAUGGUGGAGCAUCGGGUAUUAAAUUAGAAGAAAGUAUCGCUGGCAUCCCAUCAAUUAAUUCACAACAGAGUAAUCUUUCUGGUUCAGGAAGUACACAUUCAUCAAUAUCACAUAAUGAGACCCAAGAAAAUGCUAAGAAAUCGGGUGCUAGACCAGUAUUGAGAGUAGAAAUACCAAAUAAUAAUGUCAUAAGUAAUAAUGCAAUCCAAAGUGAACCUUCUUCAUCUACUGUAGCAGUGACUACUGCAAAUAUUUAUGGCAAUAAUGGAUCAUCCCAAUAUUUUAAGAAAUUAAAUAACGAUGGGAAGACUUUAGCUAAUAUAACCACUAAAAUAGAAUCACCAGUGUCCGGAAUUGGUAAUACACUAUCAUUAGAUAGAAGUGGUAAUACUUCAAAAGCACCAUUAAAAGCACCCAACAAUACAACAUUUUCAUUCUCCAAUGGUCUUCCACCAUUAUUUUCAAGUACUUCUGCUGUACCACCUUACGUGGCUACACCUUUACAAGGAUCAAACGGUGGUAACAAUCCCAACAAUCCAAUGAACUUUUCUGGUAAUAAUUCCAGUAGUCCUAUUCAAGCUCAAGUACUCCCAACACAAAAACCUUUAGCAGCUAGCCAAUCUCAACGUUACAACCAACAAAUUCCAUUCAAUCCACCUCAAUUAGGGUCGGCUAGAAUAUUUUCACCUACAGGAGGGUUAGGAAAUGUAACGAAAAUGGGUGCACAGGACCAUAUGAUGAAUGGUCCUCCAACUGGCUCAUUACCUUCGAAAUUUGCAAAUGAAUUAAUGAUGCCUUCCCCAAAUGGAUCUAUAUCAAUGUUCCAAGAUUGGAGUCUAGGAUCCGGAAAUAAUCCAAAUGGCCCUAACGGGCAGAAUGGUAGUGCCUUGAAUGGUACUAACAUGACCAAUAACCCGGGAGGUAUACCUGGAGUCAAUAGUACAAACAAUGGUAACCCUUUCCCCACAUCAAGUAACAGUAACACAGGUCUUACACCAUACAUAAAUGCUGGUCAAACACCCUUAGCGAACAGAUUUUUCAACUUUGCAGGUGAUGUGGUUAAUGAUGAUUCUGGUGCUAACAACAGCAUAAAAAACAUUAAAAAGGAGGAAUAA